AUGGGAGCGACGGAGAGACUCGCAGAGGAGAAGGACGUGCGUAGGGAGCGAUAUCUGCUGGGAAUUCGACCUGGAUCGCAAGGGGGACAGCAGCAGCAGAAGCCGGAGAAGUGUCUUGCGUCGACCCUGCCGGGUUACACGGCGAUGAUCGCGCUGGCUGACUACGCAGGGCUGUACUUUCAUUUCAACGUGAAGGGCUCGACUCUCAAGGCAGCAGUGGAAGCGAGGACCGUUGCGAAUGGAGGCGCCAGCAAGGGAUGGUUCGCUAUAGGCUUCUCCAAGACAGGCAAAAUGACGGGCUCCGAUGUAGUUCUGGGAAAUUACGUUCCCUCCACCAAUAAGAAGCUUCCUGUGGGCUCCAAGCCGGGAAUCGGCGGUCCUCAACCAAGGCCCAUUGCUUACUUAAGUGUCAACGGUAGUAAGAGCGGAAACGGCACCAAGAAUGGUGGGACUGGGAAGAAGGGCAGCGGGGCUGGAAGCGGGAGUACGAACGGCACGAAAAGUGGUAACAGUGGUAACCCUGGCAGCGGUAACGUGGGCACGGGUGGCAAGAGGAAGGGAGGGUUGGUGGGCGCAUUCAACAUGAAGAGCCUUACCAUGGGGACCUAUGCAAUGGCGGACAACUUCAAAAUCGCGAACGCCUCCGUUACAGUCACGAAGAAUGGCACUGUAGUGAGGUUCGCAAGGAGUGGGCCUGGUGGGUCAGUACCAGUGAAGUAUGGUGGGCUCAACACGCUCAUCUGGUCCUACUCCUCAACUGGCGCUACCAAGGUGUUUGGGGGACAUAUGAGACACAGGGGCAAUGCAGUGGUGAAUCUGGCGUGCAAGCGUGAUCGCAUGCGUGAAGCAGAAUUCUCCAAAGCGCUCUACUUCCAUUUCAACGUGAAGGGCUCGACUCUCAGGGCAGCAGUGGAAGCGAGGACCGUUGCCGAUGGAGGGGCGAGCAAAGGAUGGUUCGCUGUAGGCUUCUCCAAGACAGGCAAAAUGACGGGCUCCGAUGUAGUUUUGGGAAAUUACAUUCCAUCCACCAAUAAGAAGCUUCCUGUGAGCCCCAACCUGGGAAGCACCGGCGGUUCAGAGUCAAGUGCGAUUAGUACUGCAACCGACAACGGCGCUGAGAGUGGUGUGACGGGGGAGGAAGGCAGUGGGGCAGGAAGCGGGAGUACUAACAGCACGGAAAGUGGUAACGAUGGUGGUACCAGUAGUAACAGUAGUAGUUAUCCUGUCAGUAAUAACGUGGGCACGGGUGGCAAGAGCAACGGUGGGUUGGUGGGAGCAUUCAACAUGGAGAGCCUGACCAUGGGGACAUAUGCAAUGGCGGACAACUUCAAAAUCGCGAACGCCUCCGUUACAGUCACGAAGAGAGGCACCGUAGUAAGGUUCGCAAGGAGUGGGCCUGGUGGGUCAGUACCAGUGAAGUAUGGUGGGCUCAACACGCUCAUCUGGUCCUACUCCUCAACUGGCGCUACCAAGGUGUUUGGGGGACAUAUGAGACACAGGUUGCUUUUCCACUGGACAGUAUCUGGUUCGAACCUCAACGCCGCGAUUGAAGCCAAGUCCACCAGCGGCGCCAGCGGGGGCUACGUCUCCGUUGGCUUCUCUUCGAACGGGAAAAUGUUCCCCGCGGACGCGGUUGUGGGCAUUAACGGGGGCUCCGUAAAAGCGUACAAACUGAACUCGUACACCUCGUACACGCCCAGCAAGGUUUUGACCAUCUCGCAGACCAGCCUGAAAGCGACCUCCAGCAGCCUUGUCGUCAAAUUCUCCCGGCCGGCUAAGGGAGGGCUGGUGAGCAUCAACCUGAACGGCAAGAACAACGUCAUCUGGGCGUUCGGGAAGAACAAGAAGUUUGAGACUCACACUCCGAAAGACCGCUGCGUCAAGUCCACGCUCGCGGGAUACACGUCAGCAGUCGACCUGAACGGAAAAGGGCUCAUGUUUCACUGGAGGGUCUCGGGAUCGACUCUCAACGCUGCCGUUGAAGCCCCAUCCAACAAGGGCUCGGUCUCCGUUGGGUUUUCUAAGUCUGGCAAAAUGUUCCCUUCAGACAUUGCCACUGGCUAUAGCGGAGGCUCCGUUGCAGCGUACAAGCUCACCAGCUACUCGAAGUUUUCCACCAGCAAAAUCAAAGUCAGCAGCGUCAAGUCCUCCUCUGCCGCCACUGCUUUUAAGUUCACUCGCUCUGGCAAUGACGGAUCCGUGUCCAUCAACUAUGCCGGUUCCAACAGCAUCAUCUGGGCGUAUGGCGGGAGCGGCAAGAAGCUGGCUGACCAUGGCAAAAAUCGUACUCGCUCGUCGUCCCUCGUCGUACUCGCUCUCUUCGUAGCCGCCGUAAGCUGCUUCUCUAAUGGCGCCGGCGUGCGCGGCGUGUCCGCUGCGCCGGUCCCAGUGGCGAAAUGCUUCAAAUCGACGCUACCUGGUUACACGAACGCCGCCACCCUCGCCCGAAAAGGGCUAGUGCUUCACUGGAAAGCCGUCAACCCAACCACCAUCAACUUCGCGUUGGAGGCAAAAGCCGCGAGCGGCGCUCACAAGGGCUGGAUAUCCGUCGGAUUCUCCAAGGCGGGCAAAAUGACCGGCUCAGAUGCAGUGAUUGGCAACCUGCCUCGGCCGAACGUGAUUGGUCCGUAUGUCAUGACGGGCAUCGCGAAAUCCUCGGUAACGAGGACGAAGAAGUUUGCGAUUACAAAGACGAGCGUGGUUACCAACCCCAAGGGAACCAUCAUGAGGUUUACACGUUCGGGCCCUAGGGGUACCGUUCCUGUGAAGUAUGCUGGGAGGAACUUCAUUCUGUGGGCCUAUUCCGCCACUGGCAAGUCCAAGGCCCUGGACAACCACUCUCCGCUGAACAGAGGUGCUGUGAUAAUCAACUUCGGCUGUAAGGUGUGA